AUGGCAGGCAGUUCACUUGUGUCUUCGGACCUCUGGGCCAACUCAGAAACACCGCUUCCCACCAGUGAUCUCCUCUCUCAAAUUGCGCAUACUCUCGAGCAACUCGGAUACUCAAAGACGGUCGCAGCACUUGUCAAGGAAGCCAGCAAAAACGAUGUCGUUGUCGACCCCGCGGAAUGGUCGCGUGCAAUCAGCGAGCAGACUGGCGUACCAUURCUCGAACUUUAUGAGGUGUACCUGAAGAAAAAGAAGUCGUUACCUACGCUUCCCCCGGCCGCAAAGGAAGGCGCCAGCAGCAACAGCGACGACAGCAGUAGCAGCAGCGACAGUGAUGACGACGAGGAGGAGGAGGAGGAGGAGGACAGCGAUGAUGACGCAUCGAUGGAUGAUGUAGAGGCCGGCGCUCUGGUGGAUGUUGAGGCCGAAUCGACCAGCAACGACGAUUCAGACAAGUCGAGCAGCACCAGUGAAGAGGAGGAGGAAGAGGUCGCACAACCCACCGCAAACAAGAGGAAGCGCGUCAUGAGUCCGCCGUCCUCGAGCGAAGAUUCUGACGGUGACAGCUCGGCCGACGAGGCACCCAUUGCAAAAAAGGUUAAGACGAAAAAGGCCGCCUCUGUCUCAUCCUCGAGUGCCAGCGAUUCGAAUUCGAGUUCGGAAUCUGGCUCCACAUCGUCCUCCUCUUCCGACGAAUCCUCCUCGGACUCCUCGAGCGCCUCCUCAGACAGCGACAGCAGCAGCAGCGAUGAUGGCUCCAGCUCCAGCGAGUCUGAUGCGCCUGCGCCUCCGCCCAAGAAGGCCAAAAUUUCAAAGAAGACCAAAUCCGAAGAGCAGCCCAAAGUCGAAGUGGUGUCUGCACCUGUGGUCGUCGUCGAAGCAAAGGCCAAGGACAAGAAAGAUAAGAAGUCGAAGAAAGCCCAAAAGGAGGCACUUGCCGUGGUCGAAGCCCCAUCAUCCAGCUCCUCCGCCACCCUUGAAGCUGAAUCCGCCAGCGAAGCACCCGAAAACGUACAAGAGUCCUCCAUCCACCCAUCCCGCCUAGCUCAAGUCCCCGUCGUUGACCUGCCAGCCGCUACACGUAAGCAGAUCGCUGCCGAGGGCAAGGGUGCCGUCAUUCCCUUUUCUCGCAUUCCCGCCGACCAGAAAGUCGAUCCGCGCUUUGCCAGCAACGCUUACGUGAGCUACGACUAUGCCGACCGCGCCCACCGGGAUCUGGUGGUCACCAAGGGAAAGGGAUUCACCAAGGAAAAGAACAAGAAGAAGAGAGGCGCCUACCGCGGUGGAGCGAUCGAUUUGACACCCAAGGGUAUUAAGUUCGACGACUAA